UUAGAAAUUAAAAUAAGACAAUAAUAUUUUCCUGUUGAAUUCAGGCUCCCCCCUUCGUUCUCUUUCGGCCAACACUCUACCGAUCCUCUCUUCAGUCUUCAUUUCUCUUUUUUUCUCUUCAUAUCUUCCUUUCUCUUUCUCUGUGUAGCUUCUUUCGUUCUCUUUUUCACUCUCUCCCUCUGCCUUUGAAUUUCUGUAUUUUGCAACAUGGCCAGCGACGAAGCAUGGAGAACCUCUGAAGAGCAGAACGAGUCAAACAUAAUCGGCACUAGCAUAUCGCCCAACAACGUGGAAUCUGGGAUAACUGAUGAUACAGAGGUAGUAGGGCAACAACAACCUGAUCGUCCAAUGCGUGAUAAUUACUUGCGGAUAUUCUCUAUGUUGGACGACUAUAGGAUAACUGAUGAUACAGAGGUAGUAGGGCAACAACAACCUGAUCGUCCAAUGCGUGAUAAUUACUUGCUGUUUGGACACCAUAGGAGACAGACACGGCGCCUUCCGAUGGAACGCCAUAGGCGAUACCCACCAAAUGAUGUUCACGGGCGUUGGAUCGUCCCACCAGGAAAUCCUUCUAGCUUAAUGAGCUUCAAGGAAGCUGUAGUGUCAAAUGCAAGGAGAAUUCCCCUUCACUCUCUACUCAUUUUGCUCUUUGCUUGUGUUGCUAUCAUGAAAUAUCUUGCAAAAGAGUUGAGCAGUCAAUUCCUUUUGGAAUCAGUAAACUACCCUGCUGCAACACAAGCACCGGUGAGUCUAGGCGAGGCAUUUCAAGGGUUUCUCACUGAGAUUGCAUAUGAGACGGCAAUGAUGAUGGUCUUUCUGCUGGCUUUUUUGGUUAGUUGUCCACGACCAUUAUUUGGGGUGGCUAUGGUGGCAACCUCUUUUCUCGGACUGUUCCUAUAUAUUCCAGAUCUGGUUGGCAAGGCACCAGGAAUUGUUGUGACUUGCGGUUUCUUCACGAUGCCUCUCAUUUGCUUCACAACCAUAGUGGCUUUUGUUCUUACUCUGGUUUUUGUUUUCCUUGCGGUGUUCUUUGUUUAUUUUAUCUAUGGAUGCGCACGUGGUGCCGGGAUAUCAACAGGGGGAGAACUUGAGGUUGCCAUGCAAGAUUCACCGGUGGAUGUGGAAGAGGGGGAGGUGAACUGAUAGCUUUAUGUAACGAUUAGUUAGCCUUCUUUUUUUCAUCGGGUGCUUGAUUGUUUGCAUGAUGUUUAUAAAGGUAUCGUUCAUGAAUUCUCUUCAGAUAAUUAUACUAAAUUUUCACAUAUUUAUUCUCUGUUUUACUCAAACUUGUCUACUAAUGAAUUCCACAUUCAAUGCCUUCAUUUUGAUUUGUUUGCAAACUUGGGUUUAAGUACAGACUAAACUUUAUAGGUACUUUUAGUGUUGUUGUUCGGUUACAAUUAGAGUAACAAAGGUUUGCAUAAAA